UUUACUCUCUGAAGAGGGCACAGCAGGUGUGAGCUGUGUGGACCACCAUUACCUUUUCCUGUGAGAUGGCGCUGCAGAUCCCCAGAAGCCUCCCUGCAGCAGCUGUGGUGGUGAUGCUGAUGGUGCUGAGCAGCCCAGGAGCCCAGGGCAGAGACUCCCCAUUGAGGACAGUGCCCACCCCAGUGGCCAAGCCAGGGUCUAAGGAGACAGAGCUUAUAUCUACUUCCAAUGACAGAGAAAAGAAGCGAAGGAUAUGUUUAAAGAAAAUACAUUUCUCCAGAGAGAAUCCAGCAGAGCAGCCCAAGGUGACCAUCUCCCCAUCCAAGACAGAGGCUCUCAACCACCACAACCUGCUGGUCUGCUCGGUGACAGAUUUCUACCCAGGCCAGAUCAAAGUGCGGUGGUUCCAGAAUGGCCAGGAACAGACAGUUGGCGUCGUGUCCACACCCCUCAUCAGGAAUGGCGACUGGACCUUCCAGAUCCUGGUGAUGCUGGAGAUGACCCCUCAGCGUGGAGAUGUCUACACCUGCCACGUGGAGCACCCCAGCCUGCAGAGCCCCGUCACCGUGGAGUGGAGGGCACAGUCUGAAUCUGCACAGAGCAAGAUGCUGAGUGGCAUUGGGGGCUUCGUGCUGGGGCUGAUCUUCCUUGGGUUGGGUGUUUUCAUCCGUCACAGGAGUCAGAAAGGAACUCGUGGGCCUCCACCAGCAGGGCUCCUGCACUGAUUCAUGGGAGUAUUUCCGCUGAAUUGCUCUCACUCUUCCGAAAGGCGUGCUUGUCCCUACCAAGUCCCCAGUCUGUUCAGCCUGCCUGUUUCCCUCUGAAGUCAAGCUCCUCAGUGGCUCCAGUGCGGCUGCCAGGUCACUUCCCAUGGCUGUUGCUGUGGCUCUGCUCCUCACCUGACCCCAGAGCCUCUGUCCUUGCCCUGCAGCAGCAUCUACAGAGACCCCUCAAAGCCUGCCUCUGUUCCCACUGUCUUCCCAGACUGCUGAAGAACAUUCCCGCCUGGAGAGCUUUGUUCAUAAUUAAACACGAUCUGAGUUAUCUGUA